GCGAACUCCGACUCCUCCGCGCGUAACGCGGUGCGUAAUUCCGGACCGGAGGAUCCGGAUCUGCUGGAUCUGGACCUGGACCUGGACCUGGACCUGGACCUGCGGGACAUGAGCCGAACCGAACCUGCUGAGACUGGUUGAUGACAGCACCUGAAUGUCAGCCGGGACGGUACUGGUACCACUAACUGGUACUGGUACCACUAACAGCACCUGAAUGUCGUCCGGGACGGUGGUGAUCGCGGGAGGAAUUCUGGCUGCAGUAGUCCUGCUGACCAUCGUAGGAUUCCUGUGUCUGUGCAGGCUGCAGUACUACUGCUGCCAGCAGGGGGCGUCAGAGAAGGGGGAGGACGAGGACCCGGAUGUGUCGUCCAUGUCUCCGUCGCGGCCCCUGGCGCUGUGCGGCCCCCCCUCCCCCCCCACGCCGGAGCUACGCUACAGCGACGAGCCGGAGAGCUACUUCCCCCCGACGUUCCUGACGGAGGCUAACGGGCUAACGCCGGGCUACUCCCCCCCGCCGCCGCCGCCGCCGCCGCGGCGCUGCCAGCGCCAGCACGCCUGCUGCCCGUCCUGCUCCCGCUACUCCCUCCCCUUCUACCUGCAGCAGCCGGAGCGGCUCGCUAACGGCGGGCGGCGCAUCAGCUACCGGACGGUGCAGCAGGAGCUGGAGCUGCCCGACCUGGCUAGCUUCUACCACCAGCUAAUCCGCUCCUACACCAUGAAGGAAGAGGUGACCAGCAGCGUUAGCACCGACGUGUAG